AUGCAGCCCGAUGUGACCGGCUUCUUCCACAGCAUGCAGGCAGCUGCGCCAGGCCUCGUCACCAGCAUGCCGGCCUACCCGCACAGCAUGCAUGCAGGCACGCAGGCUGGCGCCCCGGCCUACAGCAUGCAUACCGCCAUGCAUGCAGGUGCCCAUGCCUGCCGCAUGUAUACGGACAUGGAUGCUAGCUCCUUGGACUUCAACCUGCACGCGGCGCUGCCUCCUCCGAUUGGCGGGUACCCCGCGCUGCCUCCUCCGCCUGUCGGUGGUGCCGGCUACGAGCAGCGGCAGUCGGCGUCCUCCCCAUGGCAUGGCCAGUCCGUCGUCGCCCCGCCGCCGGCGCCCUCCGGCGCGGCCUCUCACACGCCCGUUCCCACGUACGGGGCGUACGGGGCUCCGCCCGUGUACGGGUCUCCCGGAUACAGGUGGGGGUCGUCAGCGGGCCAGCACUCGCCUGCUGGGCAGCAGCCAGUCGGCACCCAGCAUCUGUCAGCAGGCCAGCAGGUUUUUCCGGCGGGCCAUCCGGCCUACCCGGCACCGCAGUUGCCGCCGCGGCCGCUAUCCAUACCGUACGGGCCUCCCGCCCCUCCCACGCCUCAUGCGUACUACGCGGCUCCGCAGCCGUAUAGAGAGUACCCACCGCCGCAGUUGAGCGGCGGUUACGCCUUGCCCAUGGCGUCUCCGUCCCCCUCGCCGACCCUGCCGCCGACACCCUGGGACCUGGUGCUCCUCACCAGGCUGCAUGCCGCUCGUACGCUGAACAACUACACCGGAGGUGAUGAUUGGUACAUGGACACCGGGGCUACGGCUCACAUGUUUGCUCAUCCUGGUACCCCCGGCUGUUCCUCCCGCCACUGGUGA